AUGCCAGCCAUCCUGGUGGCCUCCAAGAUGAAAUCAGGACUCCCCAAACCCAAACCGGUGCACAGCGCUCUGCCCAUCCCCCAGACCCACAGCCGGCUGUCGGCUCUAUCACUGCCGUCGGCGCCCCUCAAGACCCACAUCCCCUCGCUGGGACAGCAGGUGGGCUCAGGACCCCCGAGAGGCGUCACACCAGGGGCACAGGAUGGAGAAGACUCUCAGAUCUACACGGACUGGGCCAACCACUAUCUUGCCAAGUCAGGACACAAGCGUCUGAUCAAGGACCUGCAAACGGACGUGGCGGACGGAGUGCUGCUGGCGGAGAUCAUCCAGGUCGUAGCCAACGAGAAGAUUGGCGACAUCAAUGGCUGUCCCAAGAGCCGGACUCAGAUGAUUGAGAACAUCGACGCCUGCCUCAGUUUCCUGGCAGCCAAAGGAGUCAACAUCCAGGGCCUGUCUUCAGAGGAGAUUCGUAAUGGUAAUCUGAAAGCCAUCCUCGGCCUCUUCUUCAGCUUGUCCCGCUACAAACAGCAGCAGCAGCACGCCCAGCGGCAGAACUCCCAGCCCUCCUUCCCCCCCGGCGCCCAGCCUCAGGGCACACACCCUCCCCUGAGCCAGCAGAGCAGCGCCCCGGCCCAGCUCGGCCUCUCUACGCAUGGGACUCCCGCCCUCACAGCCCAGAAAGCAGCACAGGCCGAGAUGCAGUCCAGGGAUGGCUCUCAGAGUAAACUGCUCAAGUUUUCCCUUGGUCAGAAAAAGACCUCUAGACUUCCUGGCCCCUCAGCGAGGGUGUCCACUGCCGGCAGUGACAUCCCUCCAAGAGGCUCGGUCGGUGCUGCUGGGAACAGACGCAGCCAGGGCUUCAGUGACAAGACCAAAGCCAACUCACACCUGAACAAAGAUUCCUCAGAGGGCAUGACCUCACAGCCUUCGGUGAUGACUGAGCAUGCUCCGUCAUCUGCAGUGACCGUCAGCUCCUCCACCAGCAUCUCCGCCGCUACCUCCGCCCAGAUCCCUCCGCCAUCAUCGUCGUCCUCAUCCUCCUCCUCUUCCACGGCCAUACCCCAGCCCAACAGCAGCAGCAGCAGCAGCAGCGGCAGCAGCAGCAAGUCCUGGAGGAGCAAGUCCAUGAGCUCCAAGAACAUCUCCCCUUCUCCCUCCUCCACCAGCAGCCCCGCGUCUGCCAUGCAGCCCGUCAAGCAGGAGAAGGACGCCUCCAGUAAGGCCGAAGCUCCUCCCAAGGCCGUCCCUCAGAGGUCGAUGCUGGAGAAGCUUAAGCUCUUCAACAGUAAAGGAAGCUCCAAGUCUUCCUCGUCCUCCAAUGGAGCAGCUCCCCAGACUGACAACGGCGCCACAGCCAAGCAGCUCGGAGCGGUGCAGGUGGAGAGGGCCGAGAUCGGCUCCAACACCGAGCCCCUGGAGGAAGACGAUGGCAACGCCCGGCCGGGGAUGAACGGGACCAGCAACGGGACGGCCUACGGGGCGGCUCCAUCAGCAGGCACCACCGUCUCUACAACCGCCAGCAGCCCCAAAAUCGCCCUGAGGGGCAUCGCCCAGCGCACUUUCAGCAGAGCUUUGACUGCCAAGAAGGGCUCUAUCAAAAGCACAGAGAAGGACAAGGACAAAGGGAAGGAUAAAGGGAAGGAGGUGGGGAAACGCAUCUCGGUGCCCGACAGGACAGAGCUCAGGGGGGAGGAGCUUAAGGAGGAAGUAGCACCUGUUGCUGUAGACACGGACAGCUCAAACAAAAGGACCUCUAAAAUCACCAGCUUCAUUCCCAAGGGGGGUAAAGUGGCCAAAAAGGAGAGCUCCACCCCGGCACACAGCGGAAUACCAAAGCCAGGAGGCAAAGCCCCGGGAGUCGGGGGGAAAGCUUCCUCAGUGAAGGAGGCGGGGGAGAGGCCUCGGAGCAUGCGGCUGGGUGGGGGUCUCGCCAUGCACCGGGGUCCCCUGGACAGAGACAGGGACAGCAGACACUCCAGCUCUACCUCCAGCCUGGCCUCCACAGAGGGGAAGACCAGCGCCUCCCCCGUGGCAGGAGGAGGCACUACACAGAGCACCGCCAGCAACACCAUCAGCGUGCAGCUACCUCAGACUCAACAGCACCACAGCCAUCCCAACACGGCCACCGUCGCACCUUUCAUGUACAGAUCCCAAACAGACGGGGAGGAAAUAGGGAACUCUGAGACCGGCUCAGCAGGAAGAGGUGGAGACGUUUCCUUCACCAAGACCAGCCAGCUCUCCAUCGAGGACCUUUCAGGUGAAGACCCAGAGACCAGGCGGUUGCGUACCGUUAAAAAUAUAGCAGACCUGCGGCAAAACCUGGAGGAGACCAUGUCCAGCUUGCGGGGAACUCAGGUCACACACAGCACCUUGGAAACCACCUUCGAUGGCAGCGUCACCACAGAUGUCAGCGGCGGCGGUGGAGGAAGCGCUGCUGGCAGCAACAACAGCAGCGGAGCGAGUCGGAGCAUCCUCAGCCUCACUUCUAGCCGCCCCUCCCUGUCGUCAUGGCGACUGGGACAGUCCAGCCCUCGACUGCAGGCCGGCGACGCCCCCUCUAUGGGGAACAGCUAUGGAGGCCGGGCGGUCGGGGGACAGGCGGGGCGCUACCAGUACCCUGGCCAUCUACGGCGGCAGCUGGCCGGAAGGGGAGGAGCCAUCUGCAGCUUGGACCUCGCAGACAGAGCAGGGGAGGACAUCGACCUGGACAACAUCGCCGUGGACGUCACUGGAUACAUGAGUGAUGGAGACGUGCUGAGCAAGAACGCUGCACGCACUGAUGAUGUCGCCAGCGGCUACAUGACUGACGGAGGUUUGGGUCUGUACACACGGCGCCUCAACCGCCUGCCUGACAGCAUGGCCGCCGUACGAGAGACGCUCCAUCGAAACACCUCGUCAGGACAGGGAGAUGCUGACAGCUGGGAUGACAGCAGCUCCGUGAGCAGCGGCAUCAGCGACAACAUCGACACAGAUGACAUCAACACCAGCUCCUCCAUCUCCUCCUACGCCAACACGCCCGCUGCCCAGCGCAAGAGCCUCAAAGCGCAGCCCGUGACAGAUGCAGAGAAGCACUCGGCCUCCACAGUGGUGCACCAGGCCUGGUCAGCAGACGAGGUGAAGAGGCCAGACGGCGGGUCAGACAGCGGGGUCAGGAUGGAGUCGGCCUCCAAGUGGAGCCGCCGGAACCCCUCCGACAUCUCUGACGAGUCCGACAAGGGCGGGUCAGGGAGGAAGACCCCCUCGGUGUCCCACACGGGCUCUUGGAGGAGAGGCAUGAGCACUCAGGUGGGGGUGACGUCCCCCCGGACUAAAAGCACCAGUAGCACAGGCUCCACGAGCUCCGGAGGCCUCAAGACCCACAGUUCAGGUAAGACGGAUGACGUCAAGGUGUCAGAAAAGGGCCGUCUCUCUCCUCGUCCUAACGGUCUUCACCGCUCGCCCUCGGACGCGGGACGCAGCAGCGGCGAUGAGACAAAGAAACAGUCGAUCCCCAGCAGCCGCACAUCCACGACGAACGUCCUCACGCACACCGUCUCAGACCCCCACUCCCAGACACAUACACACGCCUCACACACAUCACGCACCCCUACCAGCACCUUCGGCUUCAAGAAGCAAGGCCACGGGAUGGUGACCAUGGUUACUGCCAGCGGCGCCACCAUCACAAGUGGAUCAGCCACCUUGGGGAAGAUGCCCAAAUCUGGGGCACGCUCACUUGCAGGAGGGUUGAAGGCCGGCGGGCAGGAUGGGGCGUCCAUGCUGGGUCACCACGACGAUGGUUUCCUCCCCAUGAGCGCCCGCUCCACGCUGCAGUACCGCAGCCUGCCGAGGCCCAGCCGGUCGGGAGCUGCCGCCCGCCAUGGUAAUCGCUCCUCCACCAGCAGCAUCGAGGCCGCCGUGCUCUCCGUCACCACUCACGGGAAAAACCCAAUGGGCUUGACCAAGGCCAACGGCCCAGGAGGCCUGAUGGCCAAUCAGACGGAUCGGGAGAAGGGCGUCUCCGAGAUCGACAACCUCAGGAGCGGAGGGGUGAUGCAGAGUGGAGGAGCAGCGACUGUUCCUCUGACGGGAAGACAGCAGGUUUCUUCACCCACACUGCGCAGAUUGUUUGGUGGGAAGCCCGGUAAACAGGCUCCGGUCACCACGGCUGAGAACAUGAAGAACUCCACUGUGAUCUCCAACCCCCACGCCACCAUGAACCACGUGGGCACGGUGCUGGAGUCCCCCGACGGAGGGCUGGGGGGCGUGGACAGCGAGACCAGCAGCCCCCUGUUUGGAGGCAGAGUGCAGGGACUAGGGAUGGGGACGCUGGGCAGCGAGCAGGCCUCCAGUCCCGGCUCAGUCUACUCCUCCACCGGCCCGUCCAACAGCCUGACGUGGGGCACCACCUUCAGCGGCUCCUCCGCCCAGAGCAGGGAGAGCACGCUGGGCGGGCACGGCGGGGCGGGCAGCAUGGGAUACCCCUCCGUCAGCAGCAUGCACACCAGCAGCGAGUCCAUCGACAUGAGCAUAAGCAGCGCUGGCCACGGCGCCCACAGGGAAGACACCCUGUCUGCUCUGGGACGCACCGGCAGCACCAAGACCGGCAUGUCUGAGAGUCCCCUCUCCUCCCCGUCCGCUAGCCCUAUAUUCAGCCGAAACACGCUGCCUCGGAAGCAGGACAGCGGGCCACACUGUGGUAGAAACACUCUGCCUAAGAAAGGACUCAGAUAUGGCCCCUCACCACAUCUGCGAAACCAAGAGGAGGCCCGUGAUUGGCUGCGCUCCCACUCCACCAGCGGGCUGCAGGAAUCAGUCAGUAACUCCCCGUUCUCACCCAGCUCCAGCAUCACCUCCCCCUCAGGCACCCGCUUCAACUUCGGACAGCUCGCUUCCAGCCCGACCUCGGCAGCUCAGAUCAACCUCACCGGUCUGCGCAAUAACAGCCUGACCAAUCAGGAAGUCUCCUACGACCCUUCCAGCGACAACCGACUCAGAAACUCCUGCAUGUCGCUUGACGAGAAGACUCGCACCAUGAGCAGAUCGGGCUCCUUCAGGGACGGCUUUGAGGAAGUUCAUGGAUCAUCCCUGUCUCUGGUCUCCAGCACUUCUUCCAUUUACUCCACGAAUGAGGAGAAGUCCCAGUCGGAGAUACGCAAGCUGCGUCGGGAGCUGGACGCCUCCCAGGAAAAGGUUUCCGCCCUGACGACGCAGCUGAGUGCCAAUGCUCACCUCGUGGCAGCGUUUGAACAGAGUCUGGGCAACAUGACCAUCAGACUGAAGAGUCUCACCUUGACGGCGGAGCAGAAGGACUCUGAGCUGAACGAGUUGAGGAAGACCAUCGAGCUGCUGAAGAAGCAGAACGCUUUCGCUCAGGCGGCCAUCAACGGAGUGAUUAACACACCUGAACUCACGCCUAAAGGGGAAAGGACAGCCGGCAGUAACGGCAGCCCACAGCAGCAGCAGCAGCAGCAGCAGCAGAACCAGCAGCCAGACCUGCGCAUCAGGAGGCAGCACUCCUCCGACAGCGUCAGCAGCGUCGCCAGCGCAACCAGCCACUCCAGUGUGGGCUCCAACAUGGACACCGACGCAAAGAACAAGAAGAAGAACAAGAAGAACUGGCUGCGAAGCUCCUUCAAACAAGCGUUCAGCAAGAAGAAAUCUCCAAAGUCGGCCUCUUCUCACUCCGACAUCGAGGAGAUGACGGACUCGUCGCUGCCGUCCUCCCCCAAACUGCCCCACAACGGCACCUCGGCCAACAGCCACAUGCUCAGGAACACACACUCCAACUCACUAUUGUCUGAGUGUUUGGACAGCGAGGCGGAGACGGUGAUGCAGCUUCGCAGUGAGCUCAGGGAGAAGGAGAUGAAGCUGACCGAUAUCCGCCUGGAGGCUCUCAGCUCCGCUCAUCAGCUGGACCAGCUCAGGGAGGCCAUGAACCGCAUGCAGGGUGAGAUCGAGAAGCUCAAGUCGGAGAACGACCGUCUGAAGGUGGAGAAUCAUGGCAGCAGGAUGGGCUCCCAGGCCUCCAUCUCUUCCUCUCCUCCCCGUCACAAACACAGCCAGGCUCAGGGAACCGGGCCGGGUCUCUCCCAGCAGAGCCUCAACCUCACCACCAGCGAGUCCACCAGCCUGGACAUGCUGCUGGACGACACCUGUGGAGACGGAGGGAUGAGGAAGGAGGGCCGACACGUGAAGAUGGUCGUCAGCCUGGACCCGGACAGCAAGUGGGGAGAGGAGAGCCGGCCUCGUCAUUUUCUCAUUGGUUGCAUCGGCGUGAGUGGUAAAACCAAGUGGGACGUCCUGGACGGAGUCGUCCGGCGCCUUUUCAAGGAGUACAUCACCCAUGUGGACCCGGUGAGCCAGCUGGGCCUGAGCUCAGACAGCGUGGAGGGAUACAACAUCGGAGAAAUCCUCCGGCCGAGCAUCGCCAAGGCCGCCCACACGCCCGAGCUGCUGCCCUGCGGCUACCUGGUGGGAGACAGCAACACCAUCAACAUCCGGCUCAAAGGUGUGAGCAGUGAGAACGUGGACUCGCUGGUGUUCGACACUCUGAUCCCGAAGCCGAUGCUGCAGCGCUACGUCUCCCUGCUGAAGGAGCACCGCCGCGUCAUCCUGUCCGGCCCCAGCGGCACGGGGAAGACCUACCUGGCCAAUCAGCUGUCUCGACACCUGCUGCUGCUGGAGGGCCGACCUCUGACCCCGCACGCUGUCGUCACCUUCAACGUGGACCACAAGUCCAGCAAGGAGUUGCGUCAGUACCUGUCGGGUUUGGCCGAGCAGUGCAGCAGUGUCUCGGGGGCUGACAGCCCUCUGGUGGUCAUUCUGGACAACCUGCACCACGUCAGCUCCCUGGGAGAGAUCUUCAACGGAGUCUUCAACUGCAACUUCCAGCACUGCCCGUACAUUAUCGGCACCAUGAGCCAAGCCACCUCGUCUGCCCCCAACCUGCAGCUUCACCACAACUUCAGGUGGGUGCUGUGUGCCAACCACAUGGAGCCGGUGAAAGGCUUCCUGGGCCGCCACCUGAGGAGGAAGCUGAUCGAGACGGAGAUCGGCAGCCGAACGCGCAACAUGGAGCUGGUGAGGAUCAUCGACUGGAUCCCGCGGGUCUGGCACCACCUCAACCGCUUCCUGGAGACACACAGCUCCUCUGAUGUCACCAUCGGACCCCGUCUCUUCUUGUCCUGUCCCAUGGACGUGGAGGGAUCCAGGGUUUGGUUCACUGACCUCUGGAACUACUCCAUCAUCCCCUACAUGCUGGAGGCCGUACGGGAGGGACUGCAGCUCUACGGCCGCAGAGCUGCGUGGGAGGACCCUGCCGCCUGGGUGAUCGACACCUACCCGUGGUCAGCCUCGUCCACGCCGGCCGAUUGGCCCCCGCUGCUGCAGCUCCGCCCAGAGGACGUGGGCUUCGAUGGCUACUCUGCCCCGAGAGAAGGAGUCCGGAAAGAGCCACCGCAGAGCGACAGCGACGCAGACCCACUGAUGAACAUGCUGAUGCGUCUGAAGGAGGCGGCGACGUCAUCGAGCCCUCAGAGCUACGACAGCGACUCCAACAGCAACAGUCACCAUGACGACAUCCUGGACACGUCGCUGGAGUCCACCUUGUGAUGUAACACUGGGGUCGGUUAUCAGGAGGACCUUUGUAAUAAGAACUGUGACUAGAUGUUCUUUAGAGUAAAAAAUAUCACCACACACAAUCCAGCCACCUUAAUUUGGGUGCAGGUAACCCAAAUAUUUAAAAAGAAAAAAAAAAAAAAAAAAAAAGGUUCAGAUUUCAUUUCAGAAAAGGGGAUGGUUUCUACUGCACUGCGCUGUUUAGUUUUUUCUUUUUUUUCUUUUCACCGCUGUGGCCAGUGGCUCCUCUGUCAGGAGCCUGACUUCUACUUCAGACAGACAGAAUCAAAGCACACAGCCUGUCACGGUUGGUGAGGCGUCAUCAUUACAGUCAUCAGCAUACACCAGCCAGCCAGUCCUCCCAUCAGGAGCGUGGAUACUCCUGGUCCUGCACCGCUGCAGUGAGUCCGAACUGCCUGCAGAUGGCGAUACAGACUCUUGUCUCUGGAGCGUCGGUGAGGUGCUGAGAACACUGAUGAGGCUGCUGCUGGUUGGAUGGAUGAAUGAACAGCCAGCAGCUCUCUGCUCCACCUCCUCCUCCUCCUCCUCCUCCUCCUCCUCCUCCUCUGUGGCUGAAGUGUGAUUGCUGAAGAAUAAAUCAGGGCAACGUGAAUGUUAACUCCCACAGCAUGACCGCUCACACUUCAAAAAAACUCCUCAGAGAGAUUGUUCAUUAAUACAUCCCAAACUCUAUUCACUGUUUGAUUUUAUUCAAACCCGAACUUUAUCAAAGCUACAUUUUUUUAGAUAAAUAAAUAGUGUAGUAAUUGAAAGCAUCCUAUCAGAUACACCUUAAUGUUUUCCAGUUAAAUGUCUGCAUUCAAAGCCCUUUGUGGACAAAAAAAGAAAGAUAACUGGUGUUUAUAAAUGCAAAUUCAUGAUAUAGACAUGGUAUUUAAAGCUGGUUAACACUGUGGCAACAUUGUAUCACCACCAGGACAAUUGGAAAGUCCAAAUAUUCUCUACCAGACAGUAGUUCCUUUGAAAUGGAGUAGAAUAACAUAUUAGGUACAUAUGUGUUAUUGGCCAAACACACACAGCUGUAAACACAGACACUAACAUCUGUAACUUAUUUUACAAGGCAAGACAAAACAAGGACAAAAUCUGAUUCAGUAGAUCCCUUUAGAGUCCUUGUUUGCUCAAAAAAACAAUGUCUUUCAGGAGUAAUGGGCACCAGCUGGGA